AUGGACGAUGACCUAUUCGGCGGCCUUUCGGAGAGCAGCAGCAGCGAUGAGGAGGAGACCGAGCUGACCUCCACCAGCCCCACCACAUCACCGGGGAGACCCGAGAGGGCAACGGCCGGCAGCGACGUCCACGUGCAGUUCAGUCUCGGCAGCAGCCCAGAAGGGGAAUCGAGCCCUGAUGAGGACAGCCCCGUCGCUGCAAAGCCGACUAAACGACGAGCUUCUCCCCUCGCCUCCAGCAGCAGCAAGCGGGCCCGCUUCAGCCAGGUGGCCGGCAGCUCGACGGAUUUUCAUGCGGCCCUGACGAUGCUUGACGAUGAUGUGGCGGACUUGCCUUCGGCCCCAGAGCCCGUGGUAGCCCCCGGACCGAUCGAACUGCCGUCAAAACCUGCAGUGGCACCGGAGGAAUUGCCCGGGCCCUCGCAAAGAAUUGUGCCUGUCGAAAAGAUCGAGGCACCCAGCACUCGCGAGCCGACUGAGAAGCCUGCUGAUGAGCAAUUUUUUGCCCCGACCUCGUCCAAGAAUCCCGAUUUCUACCAGGGCGACGAACUGAUCCCGCUGCCCGAGCUGGAAGAGGAGGACGAGAAACUGCGGCUCAAGUUGCAGGUCCUCAUCUCCAACUUCUCCCAAGAUCAACUCAACCGAUAUGAAGCCUACCGUCGCUCCACAUUCCCCAAGGCGGCCGUCCGUCGCCUGAUCCAUCAGCACACUUCGAUCGCUCCCACCCAACAAGUGGUGAUCGCCAUCUCGGGACUCGCCAAAGUCUUCGUCGGCGAGCUGAUCGAAGAAGCGCUAAAAUGCCAGACCGCCAGCGAGGAGACGGCCGACCCCCCUGAAGCCGCACCACAUCCGACAAGCCUACUACAAAAUGCACAGUACAUCUUCAUGGCUGCCGACCUCGACACUAGCGACAUCGACAAGGAGAUCGAGCGCAGGCGCGAAGCCCUUCGUGGCAUCGACUCUUCGCUCGGGAACUUUGGCGGAAACCGCCCCGGAUUUGGUGGCGGUGGACCUAUAGGAGGUGGAGGUGGCUUCAAGCGGCGUGUGUCGGACGAGGUGCCGCGGCGUUUCAACGACCGCGAUGGCGGUGGGCUAGCCGGGCGUGUCUCUGGCGUGAAACGCGGCCGCUUUGAGGAGAUCGAGGAUCCUUACUCCGACGAAGACGAUUAUGACGAGCGGCCGAAGCGGACCCUCUUCUCCACCGUCUCCUUGCCAGCCAUCGAGACCAAGAGCCGUGAGGAGAAGCUGAAGGAGAUCGACUCCAAGACGCAGCAAGAUGUGAAGCAGAGGAACAAGCGCAUGUUCGCCAACCUGCUGAUGGGUACCUUGCAAAAAUUUCAGCGUGAUGAAAAGAAGGUUAGGAACGUGGAAAAGGUUCAGGCGGACAAGCAGCGUGCUGUCGAGACGAAGUUGGAAGAGGAGAAGAAGGGACAAAUUGAGAAGGUUCGCGCCGAGCGUGAGGGGUUGAUGGCCAAGCGCCGCGAGGAAGAGCGCGAGAUCCGUUCGCUCACCCGCCGCAAGGCCCUCAUUCAAUACUCUGAACAGAAAAUCCAGCACUACAAGCAGCUGCAGAACUUUAUCGGGACUACGACAAAACCAACAAUUUUCUACGUGCCCGCCAAGCACACGCUCCGCAGCUUGGAACUCCAGAAGCAGAGCGCUGAAACUAUUGAUGCAUUGAUUUCCAUACGCCAGGAGGCGCUGCGGAACGAGCUCAAGAACGACCCGGAGCUCAAGCGUGAAGAGGAGGGGCUCCGUCGCCGCGAGGCUAGAAUGAGCGACGUUGGCAAUGCCCCGGCCCGUGAACCGGCGUUCGAGCACAAUCGAAAUCGUCGCGACCGUUCCAGGUCAUACUCUCGAAGCGAAUCGGGCUCGGAUGCUGAAGAAAAUGGCACAGCCAAGGGCGACGACGAGAACAAGGCGAGCGAGGUGAAGCCCGAGCCGGAGGACGAGGCCGACGAGCUGGUCGUGAAACAGGAGGACCCCGAACUCGAGGACCGCCCCGAGGAUGAUAUUGUGAUGGCA